AUGAAGAGGAUAUUACUGCUUUGUUUCAUCCACGGGUUUAAGGGGAGCGAUGACACGUUUGGGGAUUUCCCCAAGCAUCUCAAGGACACCGUCGGCAACAACCUACCGGAGCACCACGUGGCAUCUGUCGUCUAUCCGAGAUAUGAAACCAAGGGUGAGCUCACCGAGAGCACCGCUGCGUUCCUGGAAUGGCUGAAAGGGCAGGUCAUGGACCUGCGUAAGGCCCAUUUGGACAAUCCAUGGCCGCCCACCGACCGAACAGUUGGCGUGAUUCUCAUUGCGCACUCCAUGGGGUGGGUGAAUUCUUUGCCUUUACUAAUCUCUAACCACUGGUCCCAUAGUGGCUUUGUCGCAAGUGACUGCCUCUUCGGCAUUCUCGACGAACAUCGCGACAAUGCCACCAGCGUUGGGCCCAUGUUCCCACUGAUCCAAGGCAUCCUCGCCUUUGACACGCCCUACAACGGCCUGGCACGCUCCAUGUUUGUCUAUGGGGCCUUCUCCAACUAUCAAAAGGUCAGCAACGUGUGGAACAUCAUGGCCGCCGUGUCUGCUGCCGCGCCCGCCGCGCUCUCCAAGCUCGCCUCGCGACGAGCCCUCAGUAGCGCCACCAACAGGGUAGUGACAGCCCAGCGGUCCUCCAGCCCGGCGUUCAAGACGUGGCAGCUGAUUGCCCUGCGAACGGGUACAGUCGGAGCCAUCGCCGCGGGCGGGGUGGCCGCCUACACUCACCGCAAAAAGAUCCUUGAGGGGAUGCGCUCCGUGCGCAGCCUGACCAAGGACGACGUCGUCCAGGGCUACCAGCAGUCGGUCGACGCGCUGGGUCAGGGGUUGGCCUACAUCAACCGGGGCAACGUGGGUGAGUCGUUUGCCUGGUUGUCCGACCACUUCACCUUCGUCGGCUCGCUGCUGAGGCAGAACGAGCUGAACCGCCGGCUGGAGCGGUUGGCGGCGCUCAAGGGAGUCGGCGUGUGUGAUGUCUACGCGUCCCUGGGAGAGAAUGGAUACUGGAGCGGCGGGUAUUUCGUCCCCGAGCGGACCUUCUGCGCUGUGCCCGCCAAAGACGACCCUGCCGCGAAACUUUUCACCAGGCACGUCAUCGAGGGCGCGGCGGACGAGAUCAAGGCGCACAUCAACAUGUUCAAGCGGGACAAGAACAAGGAGUACGAGGCCAUGACCAAUGACGCGGCGCGGCGAAUUGUAGACUGGUUCAACGACGAGACUGAGCUCUACGAUGAUCCGAAAUUUGCUGAGCCUACGCCUGCCGAACCGGCUGAGACCGAGGCGAUUGCUCAAGCAGUCGACAAGGGAGAGGUUCAGGAGGUGGAGGAGGAGGUAUCCAAAGCCGAGGGAGAGACAAGCAAGGAAACGACCCCAGACGAUCAGCUCCCCGACGAGUCCCCGGUCGAUAUCGCGGCGGCUGCUUCGUUGGUCCCGCUGCCAGACGAUAUGGAUGGCGACCUUGACGAGAGCAUGGGCGAAGACGGCAAGAAGCUGGACACAGCUGAACAGAAAAAAGCCUACAUGCGACAUUUGUUUGGCAUCGCCCAGCAGACAGGCACCUCCUUGCGAUCGUAUCUGCCUUCAAAAUUGCCCACCGUCGAGAUGCCCAAGGUGUCAAUGCCCAGCAUCCCUAACAUGCCGAAUAUGCCCUCGUUCACGUUUAAGAAACAGGAAAAGGCAGCGCCGACUCCAGAGGACCCCUCAGCUGGCGUCGCAGAUGUCAAGGCCGAUGCGAAGCCGGAUACAGGGCAGGACGAAACCAAGGAAGGUGGGCUUGAUAAGAAAGGUGAGGAGACGGCAAACAAGCAGUAG